UCUGAUGCGUAUAUAUAUCCCCUAUUGCCUCUUGUUCCCGAUACCCUUAUCGGAAUUGCCGGCGAAGUACCAGUCGACGCCCAAUGGCAGGUAUGCGUUUCGUAUUUCACCUUGUAAACGCCAGUAUUUCAGGUUCGCUGUUAAUCUGCAGUGCGGCUGUUCGGCGAAUCCUCGCGAUGAUAUCGCCCUUCACCUGUCCCCUCGCUUUGAUGGCAACUUGUCGAGGGUGGUUCGAAAUUCUUUGCAACAGCAGAACUGGGGUUCAGAAGAAAGCAUCGGCCAUUUUCCGUUCGCUCUUGGCAAACCGUUCGAAAUACUAAUCCUUGUACAGCUUGAUCACUUCAAGAUUGCCAUAAAUGGAGAACAUUACACCGAGUUCCGUUACCGGAUGCCGUUGCAGAAAAUUACUGCCAUUGCUAUCGAUGGGGAUGUUAUUCUUAACAGUGUUCGAUGCGAAGGAGCGGUAAUUUUUCUAAUAACCUUUCUUUGGCUGAUUCCCUACGUAUAAUU